AUGUCUGCCCUACCCAUGGCACCUCCCCCCAAGAGCCCUCUGGGCCGUUAUCGACUCUUGUCGCCAACGGCUUCGGUGAGGGUCUCUCCUCUGUGCCUCGGUGCCAUGAAUUUCGGAAACGCAUGGAAGCAGUACAUGGGUGCUUGUGAUCAAAAGACUACUGAGAGCAUUUUGGACUUUUUCUAUGACCAAGGCGGAAAUUUCAUUGACACCGCCAACAAUUACCAAUUUGAGGAGUCCGAGACCUGGAUCGGCGAGUGGAUGAAGAAGCGCGGCAACAGAGAUGAAAUAGUCCUCGCUACGAAAUACACGACGAAUUUCCGCUCCGGCAAGGGUGACAAGCAGAUCAUGGCGAACUUCACGGGGAAUGGCAGCAAGAGUCUUCACACUUCAGUCAAUGCCAGUCUCAAGAAACUGCAGACCGAUUACAUUGACCUUCUCUAUGUUCACUGGUGGGACUUCUCUGUCUCCAUCCCGGAGUUGAUGCAGUCCUUGAAUCAUCUGGUCGAAUCCGGCAAGGUACUCUACCUAGGUAUCAGCGACAGCCCUGCCUGGGUCGUGAGCAAGGCGAAUCAGUAUGCCAGAGAUCAUGGCCUCCGCCAAUUCUGCGUCUACCAGGGUCAGUGGUCUGCAGCACUUCGAGACUUCGAGCGUGAGAUCAUUCCCAUGGUCAGGGACGAAGGCAUGGCUCUUGCUCCGUGGGGUUCACUUGGUGGUGGUAACUUCAAGACCGAGGAGCAGCGAAAGGCGCAGGAAGGCCGUGCAGUCCAGCCCAACGAGAAGCAAGUGAAGACCAGUCUGGCCCUUGAGAGUGUUGCCAAGAGAAAGAACACCAUCAUCACCAGCGUUGCCCUGGCUUAUGUCAUGCACAAGGCUCCUUACGUCUUCCCCAUCAUCGGUGGCCGGACUACAGAUCACUUGAAGGGGAACAUCGAGGCCUUGACUCUGGAACUGACUAAGGAAGAUAUCGACGAGAUCGAGAGCGCCGUUCCCUUUGACAUUGGGUUUCCCAACACGUUCUUCUACCGAGGAGAGAAACCAGACCACUACCAGCAGGUGUGGCUACUUGGCAUGGGUGGAACCUUUGACUAUGUUCCAGGUGACAAGCCUAUUGCACCCCACCAGAGCGGAAAAUAG